AAUCAGCCCUUCGCUCGGAGCCAUUGGCAGGACCCAAAGCUCCAGACUGUGGAGGUGUGCUCUGAAGCUGGAGAACUGUUUCUGUAUUUACUGAAAAAGUCUCUUAAAGGUUUAUGUAAUAAUGCUCGAGCUUUUACUCAAAAGAAAGCAAUAUUGAGAGUGUUUACGAGAAUAACACAAUAUGGCUACUACUGAGAAUGCAGAGUCAGGCUCGCCAGAGAACAAAGUGGAUCGAGCUGACCCGGAUGCUAAGUACCCUCUAAAAGUACUUUACUGUGGAGUAUGCUCCCUGCCGACAGAGUACUGUGAGUACAUGCCUGAGCCAGCGAAAUGCAGACAAUGGCUUGAGAAAAAUUUCCCAGAUGUGUUUGCUAGAAUGACUCUUGGAACUGCACCCAAGCAGGAAACAGGAGGUGGUGGAGGAGGUGGAGAGGUGCCCCCUGCUGGAGAGGAAGAGGAAAAGAAGAAGCAGAAAAGAGGUGGUAGAGGUCAAAUCAAACAAAAGAAGAAGACUGUUCCCCAGAAAGUGACGAUAGCAAAAAUCCCACGCGCAAAGAAGAAAUACGUCACACGAGUGUGCGGCUUGGGGACCUUUGAUAUUGACCUCAAAGAGGCUCAGAGGUUCUUUGCUCAGAAAUUCUCCUGUGGUGCCUCAGUGACAGCAGAGGAUGAGAUCAUCAUUCAGGGAGACUUUACAGAUGACAUCAUUGAUGUCAUCCAGGAGAAGUGGCCUGAGGUGGAUGACGACAGCAUUGACGAUCUUGGAGAGGUCAAAAAGUGAAAAACCCGAUGUGCACUUUUACCGAAAUGGAUGCGACAUGACACAAAACACGGCCAAAUUUCCACAUUGAGUCGUUUUAUAUCUAUUUUAUUUACUGUAUAGAAAACGAUGGACUUGGCCUCAUCCUUGGCAUUUUUUUUUCUUGUCAUUUCUAGAUAGCUGCUUCCUUUCUUGGUUGCCAAAGGUCUGGUAUGAUGUGAAUAUCCCUAACACUUCACUCAAGCAAACUGUAGGCUAAUAAAUUUCGGUCUCAUUGGCUUUU